AUGCAAGGGUCGGUCGAGGCAGAACUGCCCCGCUAUUCCCUCGAAGCAACUACGUCUGGAGGUCUGGGUCCCGGGCAACUUAAUGAGCUUCGUCUCUUCAAAUGUCGCAGUUGUCAAUUGAAGAAAAUCAAUCCACAAUUGUAUAACUUAUUGCCCAUGCUUAAUGAAUUGGAUUUGGGUCGCAAUGAGUUCAAAUUCCUCGACAAAGAUGAAUUUCGCGACGUCAAACACCUCAAUAAAGUCCUACUUGAUGGCAAUCAACUGUCAGUUGUUGUUGACGAGCUGUUUCGCAAUCAAAAAAGUCUGCAGCGCUUGGGUAAGACUUUGCUUCUUACAGCCCUAUUCUAA